UGCUUUCAAUUAUGGUCACGGAGGGGUGAUGCUAGGUAAUGGGUCGAACGAAGCUAGUCGCCCAAGAAGCGCUGUAACACAGUAUAUGUGGACUCUGGCCGCACUAUAGAUCUUCGCGGCCAGAUAUAGGUAUUGCUUCAUGCUGCCGCUCAAAAAAUUCCGGCAUCAUGCGCCGUGCACCUCGUGGCCGCUCGGCCAGGGGCAGAGUCUCUGGCGGUCAACCCAAGGCACACGAGGAAGAAGACGAAAUACCUGAAGUCUACCAGAAGAUGCUCGCUGAAGCGGAAUUGCGGAACCCAGAUGUUUCGGAAGCGGAUCGCCCUAUCAAGAGACGGAAGGUUGGAGCUCAGAGAGCUACAACUUCUAAUGAUGUUUCUGUACCCCAAGUACCACUGUCAAUGGAAGAUCAAGGCCAAGCCAGCCGGCAGGUACAGACCGUCUAUGACGAGCCCACGUCAGAAGAAUCCGAUAUGGAAUGGGAAGAAGUUGACCUUCAACAAGCCCCAGCUCAGUCGACUCAAAUAGCUCCGGUGACAGGGGUAGAUAAUGAACCACUCCAGAUCACUCUCGACAGUCAUGAAGGAAAGAGACGGAAAGUAGUAUCACGGGCAAAGCCACUCACUGCUGUCGAGAAAAAGCUCCGAUUAGAUAUACACAAAGUCCAUGUGCUCUGUCUCCUACGCCAUGUGCAGAUACGGAAUCUAUGGUGUAAUGACGAUGAACUACAGAGCUUUCUCAAGAAGAUGUUACCCAAGCAAGUGAUAGCCAUGCUAAAUCCACCAGAGGAUAAACCACAGUACAGCCGGUCUACGACCUUUGUCGAGGGUCUGAAUCAAGCCAGUGAUGCUUUUAGCAGGAGGUUCAGAGUGACUAGGCCGGGCUUGAAGCGAGCUCAUUGGGUAGAUGAUCCCGAAAAGUUGAAGCAAAAAGUGGAGUCUAUUAUGUUCGACGCGGAAGUCUUUCUGUCAAAGGAAGACUUUUGCAAGCAGGCUAGGACGAUGCAGGGCUCUCGUGACUUUGGUGCUCAGUUGUUCUGUGCUCUUCUACGCUCUGCAGCCGUUGAAGCGAGGCUGGUCUGCUCACUCCAGCCUUUGCCCUUUUCUGGGACGACGAAGAGCAUGACGCCGAACAAGCGAGAUUCACAGUACAUUGUUAUAUCAUCCGAUGACCAUGAAACGUCACCAGAUGAUCAACAGAUGUCUGGCCUCUCGCCGACUCCGGCGUCAAGAUCUCGAAGACUUGGACGACCACAAUUCACUCCAGCGCGUUCACAGAAGACCUCUAUUCCAGAUCGGGGAUUCACCGCUCGAGCCUCGCCUUACCCGGUAUUUUGGGUUGAAGCAUUCAACGAAGCUGUCCAGAAAUGGUUUGAACCGCCCUUCAGUGACCCAUCAAACUGCAUGAGUUACGUAGUCGGGUUUGAAGAGGAUGCGUCCGCAAGAGACGUUACCAAGCGCUAUGCAAAAGCAUUCAAUGCAAAAACACGCAAAAUGCGUGUUGAGUCUACUAAAGAUGGAGAGAGAUGGUGGGCAAGAACGAUACGUUUUUACGAAAAGCCAUUCUUGGAGGACAGAGACGAGGUGGAAAUUAGCGAGCUGACAGCGAAAACUGCUGCCGAGCCUAUGCCGCGAAAUGUGCAAGACUUUAAGGACCACCCGAUAUACGCGAUUGAGCGGCAGCUUCGACGGAAUGAAGUCGUUUUCCCCAAACGCGUCAUUGGUCAAGUUAGUCUUGGGAAGUCAGGAUCAAAAGAUCAGGUGUUGGUGCCGGUGUACCGCCGUAGCGAUGUUCAUGUCGUCCGCAGUGCGGACAAAUGGUAUCGCUUGGGACGAGACAUCAAAAUCGGCGAACAACCUUUGAAACGUAUCCGAGUCAACAGAAGCAAGGAUGUUGGUUUCAGCGAAGACGAGCACGACAAUAAAAGUGGCACGGAGGUUCCUCUGUAUGCAUAUUUUCAAACGGAGGUUUAUACGCCGCCACCUGUUGUGCAGGGCAAGGUACCUAAAAACACUUAUGGGAACCUGGAUGUAUAUGUGCCGAGUAUGGUUCCUCCUGGAGGGGUACACAUAAAGCAUCCUCAAGCUGCCCACGCAGCCAGGGUCCUUGGUAUUGAUUAUGCAGACGCAGUUACGGGCUUUGAUUUCAAAGGCCGACAUGGAACUGCUGUUUUUCAAGGGGUUGUUGUUGCCAGCGAGUGUCAGGAAGCGCUUGAAGAGGUCUUAGAUCAUCUUGAAGACGAAAGAAGGCAAGCUGAGUCCGAGGAAAAGUCGAGAGAGACAUUACGGUUGUGGAAGCAUUUUCUCCUGAAGCUGCGAAUUGCAGAAAGGGUCAAAAGCUAUGCCAUUGAAGGAGAAGAGAGCGCUGUCGAAAGCUCUGAAAACCACGAUGAUCCAGAGGAAUCCGGUGGCGGAUUUAUUCCUGAACCAGAGCAGGGAAUGGCCGACGGAGUAUUUUCGACUUAUCAACGAUCAACCGGACAAGAGCCUCGAGGUCAUACAUAUAAUGAAGCUUCGACGAAUAUUGAAGCCCUAGGGAAUGAAGCGCUCGGUGGUGGUCUCAAAUCUGACGAGAGUGCCAGCCACAUAGAAGCAAUCUCUGCAAAUCCUUCCGAAAUGGACAUUCCCAAGGCAUCAAGACGUCCUCGUUAUAGCCUUAUCGUCGUUCCUAAUAAGAAAUCAAACAGGAAUGAGAACGACACUUCCCAACGGCAACCCCAACGCCCGCCCAAACAAGCUCCUGAGAUCGUGGAGCUUGCGCCAGCGGCACAAGCUGAGAGUGUGAAGAGCUCUGGGGAGACUCGUCCUGCAGGCUCUUCGGAAGCUCCCAUCAUGGUCGACUCUUCAACAACAGGCGGCUCUAAAUCAACUAGUGUUGAGGUACUGUCGCGGGCAGCAUCGCAAACCCAGUCACGAACUCCCACGCCAGAGGAAAUGGACGAAACAUCCGGAGUUGAUGACAAUGGAUCAUUGUUGUCGCAUGAUCCCGAAGAUGAGGAUGCGAUUCCGGAGUGGCUAGUAUGAGCUCCUCUGAUUUCGGAUCAUUAAUUAUGAUUAUGUGUACAUCCAUGUAUAGGCAGUUUGUCAAUAGAUACCCUGUUAUUACUGUAAAGCAGACAG